UGAUGCGAACUCAAACCGUCAAAGAUCGCCUCAUCUUCGUUCGAAUCAGACGUGUGUGUUCUCCAAUUAGCCGACUGCCGACAUCUUAUUGGAAUUGCUAGUAUUUAUUAUCAAUUUUAUUUGAAAACUGCUUAAAGUACAACCAAAGUAAUUGCGCAAUAUGUCGACCUUCGAACAAGCCGCGGAAGAUGUCAAGAACCUGAAGGCCACCCCGUCGGAUGCCGAUCUGCUAGAAGUUUACGGCCUUUACAAACAGGCCACCGUCGGCGACUGCAACACCGACAAACCCGGCCUGCUGGACUUCAAGGGCAAGUCCAAGUGGGAGGCAUGGAAUGGGCGCAAGGGCAUGUCCCAGGACGAUGCCAAGCAGGCCUACAUCGCCAAGGUGGCCAAACUGGUGGAGCAACACGGGCUGAAGUAAAGAUGAUUGGCGCGCGAAGGCAUAUUAGAUGAGACGCACAGAAUGGGGCACUCCUCUCUGCGAGGUGGGGGAGGGUGCCGGACCUUAUUCUUCCGGAAUCUCACGGACCGAGGGUAGGCAUUAUUACGGAAAACCUUCGUACUUUUUGUUUUUAGAGGGUAGAUUGUACGAACUUCGGAUUGUUUCGAUUAUGAAUCACAAAAAAACAAACGCUGAAUUAGUUCUCGUCAAGGGUUUUGGGUUUUUUAUAAAUACAGUUCAUGUAUUUCGUUGAAUGCUCUUUUGAAUUGAUAAUACUAGUUGCUAAAAGCUAUGAUAACACGUUUAGGAAUAAGUUGUUUAACAAUAAAUUAUUAAGGAUUCCAAACAUAAA